AUGCCCGUGGACCUGGCCGUGCGGCUCUGCCUGAGCCACUCGCCCCCCAUCCGCAAGCUGCUCAACUCCUAUGAGGAGCUGCGGGGCAACCGGGGGUGCAAGCCCCUCCGAUCCUGUCUCAACCAGAAGCUGAGUGCAGAACCCGAGCCUGAGUGGCGAGACAGCACCAAGAGCUCCAAGGGCCAGAAGAAGAAGAGGGUCGUGUUUGCUGACAUGAAGGGGCUGUCGCUGACGGCUGUCCGCUUCUUCUCAAAGAUCGAGGAGGACCUCUGUGACUUGCAGCAUGCCCUGUCUGACCUUGCCUGCUUCCGACCUAAGCUGCGGGACUCGCGCCCAGAGGUGUGCAGGUAUGUGCUGGACUUCCCACAGCCCUCUGCGGACUACAAGAGUUUCCGCAGCCGCCUACACAGCAGCCUUGUCUGCCUGGAGAACUGCCUGAUCCAGGACCGUGCCCUGUCAGGGACAGUGAAGGUCAGAAACAUCGAGUACGAGAAGAAAGUGAUGGUCCGCAUCACCUUCGAUGGCUGGAAGAGCUUCCGGGACAUCCCCUGCCAGUACAUGCACAGCACAUACGGCUCGGCUGACACAGACACCUUCUCUUUUGAGCUGGCCCUGCCCAAGCCGUCCAUCUCCCGCAGGGCCACGGAGUUCUGCAUCUCCUUCCAGUGUGGACAGAAGACCCACUGGGACAACAACCACGGGAAGAACUACAAGAUCUGCCACGUGGGCAUGAUCCGCCCGCCCUCCCACGCCGUGAAGAGUGCCAACAGGGCCUGGGAGCAUCUUGGCACCUCCCGGGCAGCCGCCCUGGUCCUUUCUCACCUGCAGACCUGGCGCCGCUCAGAGACCCAGGCUCCGUAUUGGUAG